AUUCCGUUUGAUAUUAAUAGUUCUUGACUAAUGUUCAAUAAGGCUAGUGGCUUGCCUCAUAAAGUGCAACAUUUUUGUGUAACUGUAACAAUUAAUAUAACUAUUAAACUAAAAUUCAACCUGCGUAGCUCAAACAUCAAAUUUGACUGAACCCUAGAUUGGAAGACUUGAUAUUGAUAAAGUUAUAAUAGAUGAAACAUACUAUAAUGACUCAAUACAAAAAGGCGGUUAUAAUUAUUUUGUUGAUCUUUAAGGGAAUUGAAUCUGCUAGAAUUUUAGCAUAUUUCCCUACACCUUCUAUAAGUCAUCAAGUCGUAUUUAGACCCAUUAUACAAGAACUGGCUAGAAGAGGACAUGAAGUUGUUGUUGUUACGACUGACCCGGUUUUCCCUAAAGGUAAAACACCAGCAAAUCUAACUGAAAUAGAUGUUCACGACGUAUCAUAUGGAGGUUGGCAAGAAUUUUUAAAAAUGAAGCAAGGAAAGAAAGAUGACCUAUGGCUACAAAUGAAAGUCAUGAUUGAAAAACUAGCCACAAUUUUUGAAUUGCAAAUAAAGGAUCCUGAAGUACAAGCAAUCAUUAAAAAGGACAGGAAAUAUUACGACUUACUAUUACUUGAAGCUUGUCAGAUGCCUGUUUUGGGUUUAAUUCAUAAAUUUGAUGCUCCUGCAAUCCAGAUAAGUUCCUUCGGGGCCUUAGAUUACCAUUAUGAAGCUAUGGGAUCACCCAUACAUCCAAUUUUGUAUCCUACACCUAUAAGACAGAGGCUAUACAACCUGACUUUUUACGAAAAGGUCAUGGAAUAUUAUGCACACCUAAAAUAUCAACGUUUGAUACAUAAAACCAUGAAACAUAAUAAUUUUAUAGUUAAAAAAAUAUUUGGGGAAGAUGUUCCACUCGUAGAAGAAUUACAAAAUAAAGUUAAAAUGUUAUUUUUGAAUGAACAUCCGAUUUGGGGUGACAAUCAUCCUGUUCCUCCAAAUAUUAUUUCUAUUGGAGGAAUUCUUAAUAGACCAUCAAAACAGUUACCUCAGGAAAUAAAAGAUUAUUUGGAUUCCUCUAAAAAUGGCAUAAUAUAUAUAAGUUUUGGUACUAACGUGUUACCAUCACUAUUACCGCCUGAAAAAAUUAAAAUAAUGACAUCGGUAUUGUCAAAAUUACCUUACGAUAUUUUAUGGAAAUGGGAUAAAGAUGAACUUCCAGGAAAGUCAGAAAACAUAAAAAUUUCAAAAUGGUUUCCUCAAGCAGAUUUGCUAAAACAUCCAAAAAUAAAACUUUUUAUCACUCAAGGCGGUUUACAAUCUACUGAUGAAGCUAUAAAUGCUGCGGUUCCAUUAUGCGGUAUACCUAUAAUCGCCGAUCAAUGGUAUAAUGUAGAAAAAUAUGCCCGUCAUAAAAUAGGCAAACAAUUGGAAAUGGAAAAACUCACAGAGACAGAAUUUGAAGAAGCCGUGAAAAGUUUGAUUGAAGAUAAAAGCUAUAAGAACAAUAUUUUAAGACUGAGGUCUCUAAUGAGGGAACAUCCAGUAAGCCCUUUAAGUCUCAGUAUAUUUUGGAUUGAACAUGUCAUCAAAUAUGGAGGAGACCAUCUUAAGCCGCAAGCAGCUCAUAUGUCAUGGAUUGAAUACUACGAAGUGAAACUUAUUUUAAUAGCGAUGCUUAUCCUUUUAUCAGUUUUAACCACAUUUUAUUUAAUAAGUAGAUUAGCAAUUAAUUUCUUUAUUAAAAGAUAUAAACUGUAUAUAAGAAUUAAAAGUGAAUAAGUUUGAAAUAAUAUUAUUAAUGUAGUCUUUUCUUUACUAUAAAACAUUAAUGAUUUGAAUUUUUUAAUUAGGAUACUUGUGAAGAAAGAACUACUCAAUUGAAAUCAUAUCAUGGAACUUUUUUUCUACUCCUAAUGAUACCAGUUGAGAGUAAAGACAACAACGAUGCAAAACAUAAAACAUGUAGAAAAGUUUUUAAAACAAUAAAUUAUUAAUUACAAAUAUGUAUGAGAUAAUUGUCUAAGCAUUGAGUGACUGUUAGAGUUAGUUUUUAAUGGCUUACAAACUUUCGGGUUUAAUUUUAUUUUAAUGUAUUAAUUAAUGUAGCACAGGGGAGUCAAUAAGACCCUGAUGCGUUAAUACGGGCAUGUUGCUGUCAUCACAUUAUAUCGUGACAAAGUAAUGUAUUUAAAAGUAUGUUUAUUACAAGGAAAACAACUAUUCUACGUCUAGUCUAGUAUUCAUAUUUAUAAAGCAUGUAUUAUUACGAUGAUAGAUGUGACCUUUGAAUGAUUAAGAUAUUAGUGCGUAGAUACUUUAAAUAUCUUAACUAAAACUAGAAAUAAGAAAAUCUCUUCGAUGUAUAGGUCAAAAAUGUUCCUAUAUGUAAAGAUAGUUAGUUAGUUAGUUAAUUAGUGUAAAGAUAGUUUCUGAUUGCUAUGCUUAUUUUAUAAUUUUAAAACUAUAUUUCGGUUACUUUGCCGCAACCGUGAUCAAGGGCAGACAUGAUGCACGAUGUACAAUGUAGUAUAGAUUCAUUAGAAUAUUAAAAUUA